AUGACCCUCGACCAGUCCCCCGACCCCGAACAGUCCGCCAGGCGCGGCAAGCAUUCGAGCAAGACCAGCGCCUCUUCCGCGUCUCCGCCCAAGGUUGCCCACGCGAAGGGCAAGUCCAAGGCGACCGUGUGCGACCACUGCCGCUAUCGCAAGAUCAGCUGCGACCUUCAGCUUCCUUGCUCCGGCUGCGUCUUCCGCAAGCGUACUUGCACGUACGAUGGAGUCGAUCCCGAGACGCGUUCUGCGAAGCUCGAAUCCAUUGAGGCGGAGAAGACUGCCCGCGAAGACGCCGUCCGUGCCGCAAAGGAGGAGAUGGGCGGCUUGCUCGGCAAGGUCGAAGCGCUCGCCUUCCGCCUUCACCUCGAUGCGGACCAGCUCAACGACCUGUACUUCAAGGCGAUGCAGUUUGUUGACGAGGACAAGAAGAAGAACCCUGGACUCUACAUCCCGGCUGGGCUGAACCGUUCGACCCUCCCCGCUCUUCCGACGGGCUUGCUGCCUGCGACAAAGGCGCCGGGCGCUCCCGACUCGCCCCCUCUGGCAGGCAGGACACGCGCGGCGACAGCGGCGAGGGCUGAGCCUGCCGCUCGUUCCAAGUCCCCUCCCACGCCCAGAGUCGCACUUCUCGUGGCCAACUCGCCUCUUGCGCCGAAGGUCGCGCCUCUCCCUAUCCUCGCUUCCAGCCAACCCAAAGCUCGCCCGCCCGCCGCCGCUCGUCCUCCACCUCCUGCCCCGGACGUCCCUCGCAAGAAGCCUGCAACUGUUGUCGUUCCGGAUCGCGACAGGCCUACAACCGUUGUCGUGCCUUCAAAGACGAACGGCAACGGCCAGCCGACCGUCAUCCACAUCCCCGCCUCCGCCUACGCCACCUACUCCCCUGACGAGCCCGUCAAGCGUCUCCCGCUCCACCGCCCUCUUCCGCGCCCUCCUCCGCCAAUGACUACAAUCGACUUCAGCCAAGGUCCGCCGCCUCUCCCGCCUAUCGACCUCACCGGCAGGCCGCACGACAGCCUGCUCUUCCACUUCCCUGCGACUGCCAUCCGCUCCGCCUCGUGGAUGGGAGCGCCCAACAGCUUUCCCUCCGUCUUCAGGAAACCGCAGCAGGCGCGCUACCACCCCUACCGUCGUUCGAGCUCCGACUCGAGCUCCAGUAUUGAGAUUAUCUCCCCUUGA